AGGAAAUCGGCCACGUCGAGCACCCCGAGUGGUUCCCAGGCGACGCCACCCAGUACAGCGAGGGGGACUUCCAGGCGCUCCUGCACCAGCACGGCGAGGUCCAGUGCUCGCGGCCCUGCGCCCAGACCUCGGUCAGCCUGCUCGAGACCGCCGACUCGGCGGCCGUGAGGAGGGCCGCGGCCAACGCGGAUGAGACCUUCGGCCUCAGGCAGGCAGAGUUCAUGGCGGUGAUGGAGAACAUCUGGGCGCCGAAGGCCAUGACUGGCGAUGCCCCCGUCACGCGGGAGCUGAGCAAGACGGACUGCCAGGAGGCGCAAGCCGGCAGCAUGUGCUUCCACGCGGUCGAGUGGCUGAGAAAGUCGGGCAUCGCGAAGCACCCCACGUGGUACCCGUCGCUCACCCCCAGGUCCAGCCCGAAGGACGUGCAGGCCCUCCUGCACACCCUCCACAAGGCCGACUGCGCGCAGCCCUGCGAAGAGGUUCGCGCGGAGCUCGCGUCCAGAGACGACGAAGUGGUUGAGAUCGACGACCAUGGUCGGCAGGUGAAGAGCCAGGCCUUCGAGCUCGACGAGCCCAGCUGCGGCACCACCAAGCCGGGCGAGUGGUGCUACCAGUCCAUCCAGUGGCUGAAGAACGCGGGCCUGAGGAAGCAUCCAGACUGGUAUCCCAAGCUCUCCACGCAGUCCAGCAUCGAGGACUUCCAGACGGUGUUGCACAAGCAGGGCAAGGUGGGCUGCCUGUUGCCCUGCAAGGAGGGCGAGACCGCCACGGUCGGUCUGAUGCGCCAGGGGCAGCCGCUCGAGAUCGUCCUGAACUCCCACUCGAAGCGGAAGACGACCACCGUCGUGUCGUAUUUUGACACCAUCCGGACGUUUGGGGAUGACGCCCUUGUGCACCAAGGGAAGGCGCCCGCCAAGACUCCGCUGUUUUUCCACUCUUUGCUGGGGGACAACUUCACCUCCGACGCCAUCGCUCCGGGAGGCGCUUGGUGGAACAAGUUUGGCCUGGGCGACAAGUUCUACUCCUACAAGCUCGAGUACGACGCCGACCGGGGCACGCCCCUGUUCCAAAUCUCCGGGGAGAACGCCACGCACGGGGAGGAAGUGCUGGCAGCCAUCCUCCACUACGCCAAGUGUAUGGCCGAGGAGUCUGCAGACGGCAAGCCCGUGAAGGACACCGUCAUCACCGUUCCGUCCGAUGCGACUCUGCGGCAGCGCCAGGCGAUAGUGGCGGCGGCAGAGAUCGCUGGACUUCGUCUCCUGUCCUUAGUGCACGAGACCUCUUCAUUUGCGGUGCAGCGAGCAGUAGACUACACCCCCGAGAAGGGCGCUAACGAGCUGAUGGUGUUCUACAAUUUGGGCUCGCGGAAGACAGAGGUGUCAGUCGUGAGAUUUGGGGCCCGUUCAGCCGGAAUGGUCGCGGGCAAGAUGGCUCCCGACAUCACGGUGGUGGGUUCGGCAGUUGAUUUCAGCAUCGGAGGGCAUCUAAUGGACCUCAAAAUAGCAAACAAGAUGCUCGCGACGUUCAAGGAGAAGUUCCCGAAGUCGGCGGAGGGCAUAGACAAGUCCCCGCGCGCCCUGAGGAAGCUUCUGUCGCAGGCCCAGAAGUCGAAGGCGAUCUUGAGUUCUAACAAGGUAGCCCCCUUCAAUGUGGAGUCCUUGUUCGAUGACAUCGACUUCCAGGCAAUGAUCAAGCGAGAAGAUUUCGAGGAUAUGUGCAAGGAGAUGUUCGAUAGGUUGACCGUGCCGCUAGAGAAGGCCCUUCAGAUGGCCAACGCUACAUUGGCAGAUAUACACGGUGUCGAGGUCGUUGGCGGAGCCUGGCGAGUGCCAAAAGUGCAGAGCAUUCUCACCGACUACCUUGAAAGCGGCGAGAAGAAGCUGCCACUCGGGCAGCACCUCAACGGCGAGGAGGCGGGGGCGCUCGGCGCCGCGCUGGUCGCCGCGAACUCCAGCAGUUCCUUCCGGGUCAAGAAGAUUUUCUUUUCAGACUUCUCGGCGCACGAGUACGCCGUGCAGGUAGUGUCGCUGUCGGGCGACUGGGAGAAGAAUUACACCAUACUGUACCCGGCCGGCUCGCCACUUGGCGGGAAGAAGAAGCUGACCUUCAACCUCGAGGAGGAUUUCGCCAUCAAGAUCUUCGAGAAUGGCGUCCUCAUCACAGAGUAUACCGUCACUGGCUUGAAGGACGUGUUAGAAGGCAAAUGGAGCGGGUACAACUUGACCGCACCGCCGAAGGUUUCCGCCACGGUGCCUCUAGCGAUGAGCGGAAUCAUCGAGGUCAAGACCCCUACGGCAACAGUAGAGGAGAAUUAUUGGGUCAACGUCACCGUGCCCAAGGCUUCUACAAUUGCUGAUGUAUGCCGAUUCUCUCCAUCGCCCGUUUGCAGAGUUUUACGUUGCGUAUUCGCGAUCGGACGCGCACUCUGA